AUGGAACAGAAUCCGAAGGUAAAAAAGAAAGAAUGCAAAGGAUUUCAGGAAUGUGACGAAAAAUAUUCAGAUCAUUGCAGCGCAACUUAUCAGUGGAUUGGUGGUAUUGCCCCAUCGACAAACGUCUCACAAAAUAAGUUAUUACUUCGGUGUUGUUCAUCAAAAUGGUCCUUGGAACCAGUGGAUCGAGGAAUUGUUAAAGUAACACAAGGUCAAAUAGUAUCUGGCGGCGAACAAAAGAUCCAAAAUCGACAUGUUUUCGAUUAUAUUUCUAAUAUUGAAAAGCAUGUGAACGAUGAUAACUUGGUCACCUAUAUGGUUUCAUUUAAACGCGUUUAUUGUACUACAAAUCUACAAAAUCAAGUACUCGAUGAUACUGCAAAAAUAAUCAUUUCAACAUUAAAUUCAUCUGAAAUAAGGAAACGACCAAGAAAAAUUAAAGAACCUAAGCAAGCUUUAAAGAAAGUGAUUAGUUUAUCCGCACCUACAACUAAAUCUUCCUUAUCUACGUUAUCACCAUUAGUGCAAUUCAAUUUGAAUUCACCAGUUUAUCAAGAAAAGCAGCAAAAUCUAUUUGGUGGUGGAGCUACUCGCCGAGAUCUUCAAAUUCCUCAACAAAAUCAAUUCCCUUUCUCAAAUCAAGAUCGAAAUAAUUUUGUUCAACAACAACCAUUGACCAAAGCUUUUCCACCUCAGCGAAACUAUGUGCCACCAAAUGAAUAUGGGGCCUCACCAUUAGAGGAAAAAAAUGAUCUUUUUAAUAAUGCCUAUUCAAAAGAAAACGCUCAACGUUAUCUACCAGAAAAUACCGAUUAUGGAUCUUCAUCUGCCGAUUAUUUCCAAGCAUCCUCCAUAGAUCCUUUACUUCCACUACGACAAUUACUGCAAGCUAUUUUUCGCGUAGGUUAA